AUGGCAGCUGCUAAGGGUCUGGUGUGUGUGUUGGUGGUGCUGCUGGCUGAGGUGUGUGUGGUUCACACAGAGGACAGGAUCAAGAUGUGCGGGCGGGAACUGAUCCGCCUGGCUGUCUCCACCUGUGGGAACUCCCGGCUGAGGAGAAGCAUUUCGGACACGGCGAUGGGUCAAGAUCACCACACCACUGGCUGGGGCCACGACUCCUCAGCUGAGCAGGACCAGACUUCAGAGAUGCUCCACACGCCUCCACAGUCUGAUGGGAAGGAAGCGGUCUCCUCUUUGGCUCCUCACUGGCCCCCCCGCACCUCCAGGAUCACACGAGCUGCUGGAAAAAUAUCUGACAUCUGUUGUGAGAAGGGAUGCAGCAUGAAAGAGCUCAUUCAGUUUUGCUAA